CACCCCAGCUUUGUUUAUUUAGCUGUUGAUGGCUUUGAAUUUCAAUAGUGUGAUUGUUCCCGUUCCGAGAUCCGAGCUGCAUGCAUUUUGUGAUAUUCAGCUGGCUGCCAAUUUAUUUUCCGUUUUUGAGGAAAGGACAAAGUGGUUGUAUUUUUGAUGCUAAGCUAAACGAAACACUUAACUGCAAGCACUAAGGAUGAAGGGAGGUUUGAAGGUUUCACAGAUCUCUCUCAUCCUUAUUGGUUUCAUCUGCAUAACUAUCCUGACUUUGGCAUUUGCAAGAAGUUCCUUUCUCUCAUCUUGGAUACCAUCUCAGAGUAAUAUCUUCCGUCUAUCACCAGUGACAGAACGGGCAACAGAAUAUGGAGUAGAUCUAGGAAAAGAAAAUACUUCUGUGCAGGUAGAAGAAGGUUUAAGCUCUAAAUUGCAAGAAAAUUUUAUCAAUACAAACACUUCCUCACAAGGGAAGAGCACUGAAGAGCUGACUACUCAAACUGAUGUAGAAGAAGAUAGUCCUCUUAGAGUCACUAAAGAAGCAGAAGUUUCAGGAGCUAAAGAAGCAGAUAAAGCAGAAGUUUCAGGAGCUAAAGAAGCAGAUAAAGCAGAAGUUUCAGGAGGAAAAAAUAAUUCAAAUGAAGAAAAAGACUCCAAUGCUCCAUUGCAUUCUCUAACCACAGAGAAUUAUGUCAAAGGACAAAGAGAAAAUUUGACAACUCAUCCAGAAAAGAAAGAUUGUAAUUUUGCCAAAGGUAAAUGGAUCAAGGAUGAUAAUCGCCCUUUAUAUUCUGGAUUUGGCUGUAAGCAAUGGUUGUCAUCCAUGUGGGCUUGCCGCUUGACACAGCGCACAGAUUUUGAAUAUGAGAAAUUACGUUGGAAACCUAAAGAUUGUGAGAUGGAAGAGUUCACAGGUUCUAAAUUCCUUAAAAGGAUGGAGAACAAAACUUUGGCCUUCAUAGGGGAUUCAUUAGGUAGACAGCAAUUCCAAUCACUAAUGUGUAUGAUAACUGGUGGUGAAGAGAGAACCGAUGUUCUUAAUGUGGGACGUGAAUAUGGUCUCGUAAAGGCUCGUGGUGCUGUACGGCCUGAUGGGUGGGCUUAUCGAUUUCCAAGCACCAACAGCACUAUCCUUUACUACUGGUCUGCAAGUCUUUGUGGCUUGACACCCAUCAAUGCUAAAGAUCCAGCUACUGAAUAUGCCAUGCACCUUGAUCGUCCACCAGCAUUCUUGAAUCGUUUCCUUCCAAAUUUUGAUGUCGUUGUUCUAAACACAGGACACCAUUGGAACAGGGGAAAAAUUAAGGCCAAUCGAUGGGUCAUGUAUGUAGGGGGCAAGCCUAAUACAAACAGGAAGAUAGCAGAUAUUGCAGGCGCUAAGAAUUUCACAAUUCACAGUAUUGUCAAGUGGAUGAACUCACAGCUGCCUAAGUAUCCUGGCCUGAAAGCAUUCUAUCGCACAAUAUCACCCAGGCAUUUCUUCAACGGAGAUUGGAACACUGGGGGCACCUGCGACAACACUACCCCACACUCUGCCGGCCUGGAAGUUUUACAAGACGAAUCUAGUGAUUCUUCUGCAGCAGGGGCAGUAAAAGGAACGAACGUUAAACUUUUGGACAUUACAGCAGUGUCUCAGCUGAGAGAUGAAGGCCACCUAUCUCGUUACAGCAUUAAAGCAACACCUGGAGUGCAGGAUUGCUUGCAUUGGUGCAUGCCUGGCAUUCCGGAUACAUGGAAUGAAAUGCUUUUCGCCCAACUCUAAUCAUCCCAACCUGACAGGUACGAACAAAAAGUAAUUACUGAACAACUAUAUCCAUGUCAGGUAUAAUACAGGCAGGCAUCUUAUCAGGCCUGAGCAAAGCUUUUCUGAUGCUUUUCAUACAUCAUUUUUAUGUGACUAUCCAGUAGUGGUAGCCCAUUUUGCUCAUUAUAGCUGAUUUUGGCUAUUUCAUUACACUAGAGUUCGACCUGUUGUAUACGAGAGUGUCUUUCUGUACCCAUCAUGAGGAAAAUAUAUAGGACUAUCCCCUAUUAUUCUUCUAGCAAUAAACAAUAGCAUCACUAGCUGUCUUCUGGCCCCUUCUCAUUGUAAAAUUUCUACUACACCAAUAUUUUUCUAUUCCAUUGAUGAAGAGUUGCAAAUGAAUAGUACAAUUAUGACUGAGACUAGACUUGCUUUAAA